GUCGCUCAGACAUAUGGUUGGGUUACUUGGGGUGAAGGUCUGGAAGGAAAGACAUUCUCAAUACAGGAGGAUGACAUUAACAAUGCCUUAAUAGAAGUACCAUCUAUAAAGCAGUUAACUUGUUCAACACUGCGCCUUGAUGAAGCCGUUCUAGUUCAGCGGCGCUGGCAGCAUAUCCAUACAGAUGACCCGAACGUCACAACAGGAAUAGAGUUCUGCAUUAAAAACUUUCCAAAUAUAUGUCUAAGGAAUGAUAAAGAUGAAGUUAUUGCGCAUAUGUUGACUGCAUUCAAUGGUGAGAUGCUGAUGUUAAAUGUGACUGAAUCCCAUAGACG